CAGCAGCAGAGGUAUGCCGUGUCUUCACCCUAACCCCACUGUUGUUUUCGUCAACAAUUACUUUGCUUUCUUCUCUCGCUCUCAAGCUUCUAAAGCAAAAAAUUCUAGAAGAACCCAACUAGACCAGCUAGCGAAAGACUUUCCCAAAAUCACAAAUGUUGAGGAUGCUCUCAAUGUGUUUGAUAGAAUGCUUCAUUUGCGUCCCCUGCCUUCACUUUUUCGUUUCACUCAAGUCUUGUGCCUAGUUGCGAGAUUGAAACAGUAUUCGACGGUCAUCUCGUCGUAUAACCAAAUGGCUGUGUCGGGAAUGGUACCUGAUGUUUAUGUUCUGAACAUUCUCAUUAAUUGCUUUUGUCAUUUGAACCAAAUGGGGUCUAGUUUUUCUGUCUUGGGAAAAUUCUUCAAACUUGGUUUUGAACCAAAUGCCCCUACCGUCAACACUCUAAUCAACGGCUUUCUUCUCGAGAAUAGAGUGGUUGAGGCAGCAGGAAUUUUCAAUAAAAUGAUCAAGGCAGGUAAUUGUCAGCCUAGUGCUAUUACUUUCGGCACACUAGUCAAAGGCCUUUGCAUGAAAGGCAACAAUGGUGCUGCUAUUCAGUUGCUAAGGAAAAUGGAGGAACGAGCUUUCAAGCCUGACCGUAUUGUCUAUAACACGAUUAUAGACAGUCUUUGUAAAGAUACACUACUUGUUGAUGCAUUGAACCUCUUAUCAGAAAUGAUGAGCAAGGGUAUUGCUCCAGACGUCAGGACCUAUACAUCGUUGAUUCAGGGAGCUUGCAAAUUAGGCAAGUGGAAAGAAGCUACAAGGUUGUUGAAUGAAAUGGUGAGUAAAAAUAUUUUUCCAAAUGUGCACACCUUCACUGUCGUGGUAGACACACUUUGCAAGGAGGGCAUGGUUGUGGAAGCAGAAGGCAUGGUCGAAAUGAUGAUUCAAAGAGAUAUGGAACCUAAUGUGGUUAGGUACAGUUCACUUAUGAAUGGUUACUGUUUGCAAGGAGAAAUGGACAAGGCAAAAAAGGUUUUUGAACUAAUGCUUAGCAAGGGGUCCAUGGUUAAUGGUUUUAGUUAUGGCAUACUGAUAAAUGGAUACUGUAACCAGAAAAAAAUCGAUGAGGCCAGGAUGCUUUUUCUAGAUAUGUCUCGUAAGGGACUGGUUCAAGAUAACAUUAUUUGUAACAUUAUUGUGGACGGUUUUUGCAAAGUGGGUAGAAUACAGGAUGCACAAAAUGUGUUCUAUGAGAUGCAGACUUCUGGCCAACUUCCAGAUGUUAUAACUUAUGCUGUUCUACUGGAUGGCCUGUGUAAAAACCGACAACUUUCUAAAGCGAUGCAAUUGUUUCAAGAAAUGGAAGGCAAGAAGUUGGAUAUUGAUAUUAAGGUUUACAGCAUUCUUAUUAAUGGUUUGUGCAUAGCUGGAAAAAUUGAAUCUGCAAGGGAUCUCUUUUGUGGUUUAUCAUCAAAAGGACUUCAACCUGAUGUAGUGACAUACAAUGUAAUGAUUAAUGGACUCUGUCUGGGUGGCCUAACAAGUGAAGCAGAAGAGUUGCUUAUUGAAAUGGAAGAGAAAGGGUGCUCUCCAAGUGAUCGGACCUAUAACACGAUUAUCCGAGGGCUCAUCAAUAACAAUGAGACAUCAAGGGCGAUGGUACUUAUUCGACAAAUGGUGGACAAGGGUUUCUCUGCGGAUGCAUCAACAAUGGAAUUGGUAGUAAAUUUAUUGUGCAAAGACGAAGUCGAUCCUGCUUUGUUGCCAUUGAUAAAAGAAUCAUUGUGAAAUUUAUAUUUAUCUGUGGACAAUGAAACAGAAAGAUAAGAUGCUUAUCAACAUCUACUUACCAAGUUGCUUCACAAACAAUAUAUAGCAGCAAAACCACAAAUUUUGAUC